AUGCCGCCCAAGGUCGAUGUCAACGAUCCAGAGAAUGCAAGGCUUCUCAAGCUCUUCGAAUCGCUCAAUCUGACCGGAAACAGAGCCAUCGAGACGCUCACAAACCCAAAGCACGUCGCUGCUAUCGAGAGCGUUAUCGCACACAACCAUCUCACUAACAAACAGAUCGACCCCAAGGCGUCCGCACUCAUCAUAUCUGCAUCCACCGCCAAAGAUGCUUCCAACCAGCCCGCCAGAGACUAUAUCGUAUCACGCAUCCUCGACGCCAGCCUCACAUCGUCCGAUCAAGUUAACGCAGCAUACAAGUACCUCUCAUCCCUCAACAGCGAGCCAGACAAGGCUGCUUUUGACAAGGAAUGCGGUGUUGGCGUCGUCGUAACACCACAACAAUCUCGCAAGGCGGUAGAUGACUACAUUGCAUCUCACCGAUCCGAACUCGAUCCCGUUGAUGGUUGGCCGAAACUCGGCUCGAUCCUCUCUGGCGUCAAAGCUUCGCCCGACAUGCGAUGGGCCAACGCAGUCGACCUCAAGGACGCCGUAGAUGCGGCGCUCCUAGCUACAUAUGGUCCCAAAAAGCCACCUCCUCCCAAGGAAAAGAAGAAGCCAUCUGCUUCCACCUCGGCCCACCCCAAAAAGGAAGCUGCACCAGCUGGUCCCGUCGAUCCAGACGCCAUGUUCAAGGAAGGCUUCCUCGCCAGUCUCCACAAACCCGGCGAAAACCCCCAGAUCAAGCCAGAGCUCAAACAACAGCACCUCGCCGCUACCAAGGGCAUGGUCAUGACGCGUUUCCCACCAGAACCCAACGGCUUUCUCCACAUUGGUCACAGCAAGGCCAUCGCCGUCAACUUUGGCUUUGCCCGCUUCCAUCGCGGUCUCUGUUACCUCCGAUACGACGAUACCAACCCCGAGGCAGAAGAGGAAAAGUACUUUACCAGCAUCCUCGAGACAGUUCGAUGGCUUGGCUUCGAACCCUUCAAGGUCACCUACUCGAGUGACUACUUCCAGCAGCUCUACCAGCUCGCCGUCGAACUCAUUAAGCGUGGCAAGGCUUACGUCGAUCACUCGACACCCGAAGAGAUCAAGGAGCAGCGCGGUGGUCCCGAGCGCGGUCCACGCAAGCCUUCACGCUUCCGCGAUCGUCCCGUUCAAGAGUCGCUUCAGGACUUUGAGGACAUGAAGAACGGCAAAUACGCCCCAGGCAAAGUCACGCUUCGGAUGAAGCAGGACAUCGAGAAUGGCAACCCGCAGAUGUGGGAUCUGAUCGCCUACCGUGUCCUCGAAGCUUCACACCACCGCACCGGCAAGGACUGGUGCAUCUAUCCCACCUACGACUUUACCCACUGUCUCGUCGAUAGCUUUGAAAACAUCAGCCACUCGCUCUGCACCACCGAGUUUAUCCUCUCGCGCGAAUCCUACGAGUGGCUGUGCGACGCGCUCGAGGUGUACAAGCCACGUCAGUCCGAGUACGGCCGUCUGGCGCUCCAGGGAACCGUCAUGUCGAAGCGCAAGAUUCUCAAACUCGUAAAGGAGCGCUACAUCGAAGACUGGGAUGACCCGCGCAUGUUUACCCUCAUCGCUCUUAGGCGUAGAGGUGUACCUCCCGGUGCGAUCCUGUCCUUUGUUAGCGCGCUUGGCGUCACCACAGCCAAAUCCACCAUCCAGAUCAGUCGGUUCGAUCAAGCUGUGCGACAAUACCUCGAGCUUUCGACGCCACGUUUGAUGAUGGUGCUCAACCCGCUCAAGGUGACCAUCGAGAACUUACCCGACGACCACUUCCAGGAGAUCGAAAAGCCUCUGCAUCCCAAGGCGCCCGAGAUGGGCACCAACAAGAUCCCCUUCACCCGCACUGUCUACAUCGACUCGUCCGACUUCCGCACCGAGGAUAGCAAGGACUACUUCCGUCUGGCCCCAGGCAAGACGGUAGGUCUGUUGCAGGUACCCUUCCCCAUCACAUGUCAAUCGUUCAAGACCAACGACCAGGGUGUACCGAUCGAAGUGAUUGCCACGUACGGCGAUACAAGCUCGGCCAAGCCCAAGACAUACAUCCAGUGGGUAGCAGAGCACGCUCCCUCGCAAAGUCCUGUCAAAGUCGACGAGACACGCAUCUUCCACCAGCUCUUCACCUCGGACGAUCCGGCAGCUGAGGAGAACUUCUUGGACCACGUCAACCCGGAUUCUCUCGAAAUCGUGCGCGGUGCUAUGGUCGAGGUUGGUUUUUGGGAUGUGGCCAAGCGCAGCGUCGAGCACGCUAGAAAGGAGGCUGCUCAGCGCACCGAAAGAGCCGAAGCCGAUGCGGCCAAAGCGAGAAGCGAGACCGAGACUAGUGCAACCGAGGGUGCUGGUGCAGGUGCUCCUCAACGUACUGCUGAUCAACUGGUGGGCAAAGAGUUGGUCCGCUUCCAGGGUAUGCGUACCGCCUACUUUGCGCUCGAUCGCUUGAGCGGCGAUUUGGGCCUCUUUGGUGAUAAACAGAAGGGCGGCAAGAUUGUGCUCAACAGGAUCGUCUCGUUGAAAGAGGAUGCAAAGAAGGACGAUAAGGCAGUCGCGUCACCGGUGGCCAAGAAAGCCAAGUAA